CAUGCUUUGAAGGUUGCCGCCAUCUAAACGAGUUGCUUUGUGAGCGUAGUACAGCACAGUCGGAAUCGAUCAGUCUCCACUAACGUCUACGGAAUAUGUCCCGAAUACGCAGAUACUAUGUAGCAAGAUGAUCAGGGAAGUUUUACUGCUUAUGCAGGUGGUCAUGGUCUUUGCCAGCAAAGAAAAAGCGCUUUUGGAAGUAGUACUUUACGAAACGGCAACAAAUGGCGUUGAAUAUCGGACAUAUACUUACUCCCUGAUCGCCCAUUUUUCUCGGGCCGGUGCGCUGGUGAGCGCAGAGGGACACAUAAUACAGAUGCAUCCAUUGGGCCUGUGUAAUACUGGGGAUGACGAUGAUCUCUACAAGUUUGGCUGGGUGGGUGUGGUCAAACUGGAAGAACCUGAUAUCGAACCAGAGCCCUGUAUGUCAGUGUAUCAAAAGGCAAAACGUGCAAUUCAGCGAGGGGCCACAGCAGUUGUCUUUGAUAUCACAGAUAAUCCCCAUGCAGCAGCAGAGCUCAAAAAACACCAUGAAGAUGGUCUGCCAAUCUUAGAGCGCCCAGUCCUUACUAUAGAAAAGAAAGAAGCCACAAAACUCAUGAAAAUUGUAAAUACGCAGAAAGUGGCAAGAGCAAGGAUAGUGAGGCAUAUUCAUCCUCAGAAAGUUUCAGAAGAGCAGGCAGCCACUGACAAGGAAUUUUUUCACAUGGGCAUCUUGCUGGCAGUCGUAGUACUCUUCUGUAUAGUCUGCUUGGUAAUUAUUUUAAAGCUGAAAUGGAAGAACAGGUCAGCGGAGGCAUCUCUCACAGAACUUUCCAAAAGGGCUAUUGCCAGGCUAGAGACCAGAAAGUUUAAGGGUUUGGGCAAGCAUACAGAGAGUCUGGGAAGUCAUCCAAACCAACACAGGCCCUCCCCCUCCCGCACAGUUACACCAGACCUCUACAGUCUAAGCUCAAGCGCUGACGCACAAUGUGCAAUCUGCUUGGAAGAAUAUAAGGAUGGGCAGGUAUUACGCCUGCUUCCAUGUAACCAUGAAUUCCACAAGGCCUGUGUGGACCCUUGGCUGCUGGUCAACCAUACCUGUCCACUCUGUCUUUUUGACAUUUUGGAUUGCCUGAAACCCACAGGUUCAAACAGUUCAACACUGGAGUGUCAGCAAGGUUCCCAAAAUGCUCCCGCACCUCGUGUGGACUUGGCAAGAACAAAUAGUGUUAUUUCUCUCCCAGCCCACAUAACAGUGGCUCUAACCCCACACGCAAUGGAGGGUGCCAGUCACUCUCAACACCACGCCAGAAAUAAUAUGCAAGUCAUGGUCAGUAGACACUCUGGUCAGACGUCAACUGGCCAGGCCUUUCAUAAUUCAUACUCAAACAGAACUUACGAAAAUGUGUACAGUCCAUACUCCCCGCAGCAACAACAACAACAGUAUCAACAGCCACCAGAUAAUUAUUUACAAAAAGAUGUCAGCACAAAAACCUCUAUUCAAAGAGCUGAUAAGUAUCACAGGACUGCAGGCAGCCAAACUGGCAAUGUGGCAUCCCCCUAUCACCAAAGACGGAAUUCAAAUUCAUAUUCAGGAAGUAAAGUCACUGGUGAUUCAGUGAAUACUUACUCCCCUUGUACUCGGACGUUGUUUCUUGCCAAUGCCAGCAGCGGGCAUCAUAACUCGGUGAGUAAGCCCCAGACUAUGAAAUCGGGGGAGCAUGCUUCAUCCAGCAUGGCUUCCCCAUACACAAGAACUAAGGAUGUCCACAGUUCCUGUGGAAAACAUAGAACUCAACGGAAAAUGGGAGUUUGCCAUUCCCAUGCUGCAUCCAAUUAUAAUAAAGACUCAGUUUCGACUACACAGAGUUCUGCCACAAGAGGGCAGUUUGGAGUGGCUACGCCUACAACAUGUCAAAGGUCGCUGUGUAAUGGUAGUAAUAGCAAACGACCAGUUUCUGUGCCAGUGUGUAAUAAUAAUACAAAUAGCAGAAGUUCUGCUGAGAUUAUUUUGUCAGAACAGGAAUGUGAUUAUAACUCAAACAAUGAUAUCAGUAAUCAGAGCACAUAUGGAAGCUCUGACACUGUCCCAAGUGAUGUCAGUAGUUACAAUUCAAAUAUUUAUUAUGAUUCCUCAGCGGAAAAGAAGAAAAAGGCACCUCCUAGGUUGCCACCUAUUCAUCUAAGGCCCACCUGUGCCAUGGGUGAGCACGUGUGUUCAAAACCUAACUGUAAAAGAGUGCAGGAAAUUCGGUUCAGUUGCAGCAGUUGUUCCUCAGGAGAGCAUGAACCCUCAGUACAUUUACAUCACCACAGACAUCAUCAACAACAGCAACAAAAACAACUAGAGGAACAAUCCGAGAAACCUCCAGCUGUUCCCCCAAGACCUCAUCGGACAUAUAAGCAGAAAGCUGGAACUGGAAGUAACAAUUAUAAAAAUUAUCCGUCAAAUGAACACGAGCAGUCCGAUUCCUCACACUAUUCAUUCUCUGGGACCACCCCUAGUCCUAUAGUCAGUGAUGAUUCAGAUGGAGCAGUGCCAGCUGCUCUGUUGGCACAGCAGUUGGAAAUUCAUCGGAACUUGAACCAAGCACAACUUGUCAACAACAAUAAUGGUAACAAUAGCACUACAGCACAGUGUACGUGCCCAAGUGUUCUGGGGCCACAAAUCUUACCUGGAGUGGUCUCCUACAUGUGCACGCAGCACGAAAUAACAUACAGUAUCCCUACAGGUUUGCAGUCCAAUGAGGUUCGGUUUGUUCGCCAGGGGGAGCAGCUGUGUCAAGUUCAUAAAAUGGCAACAGGGGGAGGUGCUCAAAUGUUACCUCUUCCCUCCAGACUGAGUCACCUCUGUCUUUAUCCUCAUCAUUGUCAAAUCCACAGCCAAAGCCUCUUACAACAACAACAACAAACUCUACCACUCCUUAUUGCACAGUUUCUUCUUCUCGUACCUCUUCAGCCACAAUCCAAGCAGGCACCUCAAGGCGCCUCUCGCACCCUCAUUUGUCUUAUCAGACCACUCCAACCAUAGAAGAGGUGACAGAAGGGAUGGAGGAUGGACCAGAUAUUCAGCAUCAUGAUGGUGGUGAUGAGCACGAGGAAGAAGAUGGAGCCGCCAUCACUUCUGCCAGCUCACAGCCCUCGUGCAGCUGUCCCAGGUGCCAAAGAGAGACAGUUCCCAGGAAAUCCAUUGUUGUUUUCUCUGAACCACAAGGAACCAUUAUUACAAUUCCUUUAGAGCAACAUGAAGACUAUGAUCCAGUAGAUGGAGUAUGACCUUUGAUGACCUGUAAUGACCUCUGACCUCCUCUUGCAGUAUUCAUGCACAUCACACCCUGACACAGAAAUAUUUAUUUUUGUACAUAAGAUUUAGUUCCGUAUCAGUCAGAAGGAAAAAUCAAAUCCCAAAAGUGUUUACCAGUACAGUAUUAUUUAUGACUUUACGCAGCAAAUCUUUAUUUCAAAACAUAGUUUAGUGUACUUUUUUCUUUUAGAGACAUAUGCUAGAUAAAGCAUAAAAUCAAAUGAUGUUUUCUUGGUGCUAUCAAGUCACAAAAGAAUAGGUCAAUUAAAAAUACUCUAUAUUAGAGUGUUCCACUAACACAUUGGCCAAGUAGCGUCAGUCUGAAUAUGCAAAUUAUAUUUUGGAACCACAUCAAAAAAAGACUUUGAGUUUAACUACUGUUGAUUGAUAUGUAUGAAAAAUGGCUGUGCACAAAUGUUGAUUGUACAUUUUUUAUUAUGUGAUCCAUUUUAUGAAGAUAGCAGAAAUAUCAAGAAAAAACAAAAAUGAAAUAUUGUUAAUUAAUAAUUUGAAGUGUUCAAAAGAUGGUGUAUUGCUGUGUAGCUUGGAUGAUGUGUAUUUAUAGAUCCUUUGGUAUCAAAUAUUAGCGCUUGUUAUAACAGUGUCAGUUAUAGUUCUGAGAAAAUUGUUAUACCACACCAUCUAUAUCAGCAUUGUUAAGUCUUACAGUGUAACAUAUCUGUAGCUUAUGUGGCAAAGUUUACCACACUUGCUCUUCCAGAUCAUUUCUGCCCAAGAAUGUAGAACCAAGAAUGCAGUGAACAAAGACUCAGAAUCCAUGGAAAAUGGGCUUGAAAAUUUUGCCGCUUUAAUAUCUGUUAGUUUGUUAGUUCAUCAAUUUUCAUUAAUUUUUAUGUAUGGUCAUGCAGUAACCUCUUAAUUUAUUAACCUCUACACUUUCUUUCUUAAUUUAUGAUUCUGUAUUUGCCAAGAUAGAUUAAAAUGCCACAAAUUUCCCAACCUGUGUAGUUAGAGAAUACAGGGUAGUGUAGUGUAAAAUAUGUCAACUGUUCUGCUGAUUGCUGCUCAACUGUUUGUACAAAUUAUCAGUGUACAGUUUGAUUACUGUUGUUUGUAUGUUGUGUAUGUUGAAUAUAGUAUCUGUACAUAGAUUAUUUAUUUGAAUAAUUGAAACUAAGAUAUUUCUUUUCAUAUGUAGCAGUGUAGAGGAAGGGAGAAUCAAAAACUAACCACAAUAAUGGCUUUACAGGCAGUAUUGUUGUGAUUUGUUAUACCAUUUAUGAAAAAAACUCUGGUGGGUUUAACAGAAUUCAACAUACUUGUCCUCUUAUAUCCAGAGUCGACUUUGAAGUGGACUAAAACUUCAAUCAGAAAUUUAGAUAUGUCAAGUCUAGAAAAAGUUAUCACUCUCAUAACUGAUUGAAAGUCUUGGUAUUCUGUCAUAUUAAACUGUGAUUGCUUACAUAAUUGGUCUGACAAGAUGCCCUUUAGUCCUUGUUUGUGAUGGUACAAAUAACAUACUUUACUAUAACUUUCUAUGUAUUGGAAUUUUCUCUUAUUUGUGAAUUUAAACCUGGCUUUUUAUUACAACUCCAAACUGCUGAAUCUGUCAAAACCUGAGUAGACCAAGAUUAAGAGGUUGGCAGGAAAGUAACUACUUCAGCACGACUUAUAAAUUUUAUUUUGAAAGGGUCAAGUAUUUUUUUUUAAACACAGGGAUAAUCAUUUGGUAUCAAUUUAGAAAGUUUGGGAACAUUUUACGGGUGUAUAUUUCUGUGAUUAUUAAGCUUGCAUCAGUUCCUUUUCUAGUCUGUUGUAGAGUCUUAGAGAAAUCCAUUAGUUUUGUUUGUUAGUUGGAGCUGAUCAGACCUCUUUUUUUCUUCUGUUUUUACCCAAAUGAACACAAUAUUAACCUACAUAUUACAACUUACAGGGUAUAUAGCAUCUGUGAAAGUAAUAUGUCAUUGUUGCAUGUCAAGAAAUGACAAACAGGACGCUGAAAAUGUUCAUCUAAUACACAUCAAAGUGGAUGUUCACGAAAAGUGAACUCCAUUUAAGUCAAUACAAUUUGGGUAACAGUUUGCAAACAUUUACUACCAGUAUCAGGAAAUGUAACGCACGUUUAAGCCAUGUUACACGGCAUGUGCUCACAAUAUCUGAAGUUGUAAAAAAAAACAUUAGGUCAGUGUAGAAUUUGCUACUUAAGUCUACAGGAAAAAAAAAACGUGUGCCACCAGAAGUUUAUUCUUGUGAAGGUAGCUGAGAGAAAGUCUGUAAAAACUUAGAGAGUCAAAUUAACAAAUUGCUUGGAAAAAUAUUUCUCAGUGUUUGAGAGAUUAGUGAUACCAUAUAUACUGCCUGUAACAGUAAAGUGAGCAGUGUGGGGGUUCUAGCUGAGUACUCCCUACCAGUGUUACUACAUGUGAUGUUAUGAUUCAAGAUAAUCAAAUGAUAUUUAUUUUGAAAUAAAUGAAAAUGUAAAAUAUA